AUUUAGAGCUAAUUUAGUGGCCUAUGAAUUCCUUGCUUAGUGUGCUCUCUAGAUUUAAUCCGCUUCUGGGCUCGAUUCAAUAUUUACCUACUUUAUAUCACUAAGAGUUUGUGCUUUAUAUUGGCAAGAGUAACUGAGUGUGUUUAUAAGUUAAGAUACUACGUACCCAUAUACGUGCAGUUUAAUUAAAAAAAGAAGUUAGUAUUCGACCGAGUAGUAACUGUAUUGCAUGACAUACAUUUAUGGAAGCGAUUUCCGAACGCCCAAAUUAACGCGACACAUAAAAACAUACGUACGUGACAGUGACAAAAGAUAAUGACAGUAACGAUGUCAUGUCAUAACAAUGAAUGUCAAACAGCCAAGCCAACGCCGACCGCCGACGUCAUGUCGAUCAAAAACACGUCGGGAAGUUCUUUUUGCAGAAUUAUUAUAACUAACUUUCUCUCCAUAGUACCUUUAAUACAUCCUACAGUAAUUCUUAACUGCAACUUCAAUCGGGAGUGACCAAUAUUGAAACAAGGAGUGAUUAAUUAUCCAAUAGCAUUUCAGUCCAUGUCUGAUAAAGUAUGCAGUCUGCAUAAUGUUGGAGGCAAUCGGACUUCUGGUGCUGACGGGUGUGCUAUGGGGCUGCACCAACCCGUUCAUCCGCCAGGGUACAAAGGGACUCCGUGACGUCACCGCCACCACAGUGCGAGGACAGGUCUGGGCAGAAGUCACCUUCCUACUCGGGAACUGGAAGUACGUGUUGCCGUGGCUGGUGAACCAGACGGGCUCGCUGAGCUACCUGGCGGCCCUGCAGCGCGCCCCGCUGUCGGUGGUGGUGCCCGCCGCCAACAGCCUCGCGUUCGUCUGCACCGCCCUCACUGGCGUCGCCGUCGGCGCUGAGGAACCUCUUGAUGCAAAGUCUAUCGCUGGCAUCGUGCUGAUCAUGCUGGGUACAGCUCUCUGCUGCUUCGAGGACAACAGUUGACGCUCCACGUAGGUAAUCACAUGCUCUUUUCGUUAAAUACUGAAGAAGAAAGAAGAAGAUCCAAUUAUCUUCAUAUUUUGUUUAAGGUAUCAAUAAAUAGUUACAGGUUCGCCAACCACAAUCAAACUAACUCCUUGUGCUGUUAGGUAUUACUUAUCUUAUAGAUGAAAACCAAAAUGUUGUUAAGUGUUACCUAUCUUAGAUUAGGGCUUCCUUAAAAUGUAAGUGAGGUUGGUGACACCGGGAAUUAUGUGAUAGUAGUUACUAUAUAAUUAUAAAAACAUACAAACGCGACGUCCUCUGUGAGCGAUCUAGAAGCGAAAGCGAGGCGGUGCGGUGACACGCGAAUUCAACGCGAUGCGGUGUAACACGACUGCUAUAAGUAAGCGUCCACAGGCCCGCAUCGUACGCAUUCCGUAUGACGUCGCAGUACGCAUCGCAUGUACGCAUUGCCAAUGAUGCGGUCCGUACGAUGCGGAUCAGUGGACUCAGUUGUAUGAGUUUCUAUACAAGACAAACUAAAAUCCGUUGCGUACGUGCUUGUGGUCCUACUUAGGCUACGUGCAUGUGAAUCGUUUCGUUUUGUUUCUGUUUCCGCGUCCAAUUCGCGCGAGUCAAGCCAAUUGAUCGUGUUCCGUACGGCAUCCCAAUGGCGGUUGGUCAGAUACACCACGCUAAGAUUACGACACCGCCUUCGCUUCUAGAUCGCUCACACAAGACGUCGCGUAAGCUAUGGUCUGCGCAGACGAGAAACAAAAUCUUACCAGAAAUAAAAUCAGUGUUGAAUGAAAACUGAUUUUCAGAAUUACCAAUAAGCUAAAUAAAGAAAAAAAUAAUAGAUUACAUUUCAUAGAAGUGUAAUAAAUUGCAAAAAAUAACUUUAGUUUACACCUUUUUUACAUAAACAGACUGUCGACGAGCAAACCAACGGAUAACGUCAUAAAUAUCCUGCAUGAUGCAUCGCACAUGUGAAGUUUACACGUGAAUAAACAUGGAUACAAAAUCCCAACGAACAACAGUUGGGCAGAAUGCCCGCCAGACAGAUCACCUCGCCUGGUCGGAGGAUCCUCCUUUUCUUAGAGAACUUUACUCUCUGUUCCCUAAAAUAUCAUUGGGCAGGGCCCAUUUGUUUUGUCACAGUGCACAAUCACAUUAUGGCAUCUCCUCUUUGUACUUGCUUCAUGCAGACCACUGAUCGGGAACUUGAGUAACUAUAGCAAUAAAAACAAAAUAAUCAGUAUUUUAAUUUUCCAUUUUUAUUUUAUUUUUUUGUCAAAAUGUAUUAUACAAUAAAUAUUACAAAAUAAGAGGCACAUUAUAACUUUACAAGCGUUUUGUAGGUUUUUUUUAAUAGAAGUGUAAUUUUAAAUGAAUUUAGGUAUCUUAUAUUUAAGCAGGUGGGAAUGAGAAAUGAAAUUAGUAUAGAUACUAUAUAAACUUUCGCUUAUAGAAUAUACUUCGUCAUUUUCUUACAUUUGAAGUUAGAUAAAGACAGAAUAUGGUUGAAAAAGCUGAGUAGAGUAAUUCAAAAUAGCGCACGGUGACUAAAACUUGCCACAGAAUGUAUAAAACGUUAAAAAAUGUUACAAAUGCAUCGUUAACUACUGCUAUUGCUAUCGUAUUGAUUUUUUCCUUAAUACUUGUGAUGGCGUCUUUUCCUCUCUAUUACUAUAGGUACCUAUAAUAUUGCUAAUGAGCAGAAGUCGGAAUUACGUAGAGUUAUUAAUGUACUUACACUGAUUUCAUACAGCGAAAGAAUGAAGUUGAUAUGCCUCAAAUUCCGAGAUUAAUUUUAAUGAGCAGAAAAAAUCCCGUGAUAUUUAAAAUACGCACGACGUUGCCAAACUUACAUCAAUGACAUCGGAUGUCCAAAGUUGCAAAAUACCAAUAAGAGCGAUGUUCCCACAUUUGUAGUUCGCACAACAUAGCUUGUGAGAACAAACGUUCUUAUUAUUAUUUAGUUGUAAUAUUGUUGGCCACACGGGAUUGUCCAUUAGAAGUCCCGGGAAGGCCAACAUUAAUAUCAACAUUUCGAUGCAAGUACAUAAAUAAGUCUAGCUAUUCCGACCGCUGGUAUUAAGACACCAGUAUUUACAAUGGUUAAAAAUAUAUUGCACUUAUAUUGCGUUUAGGAAAAUAGAUUAUAGUUAUAAGUUUUUAAACUGACAUGGUCACUAACACUAACAUUAGAACUUGAGACGGGAUAUUUACCAUGUUUAUUUAUGUAUAUGAGUUUCCGAUAUUUCGACACUGUUGCAAGCGUCCAUGAUCACGGAUAAACUGGAGUAUAUGUGGGUGAAUGUUUAUGAGCAGACAAAUCGAUCUACUCUCAUAUCCCGGCUUAAGUUCUAAUGUUAGAAAAAGAUUAUACAUAAAUACCUAUGUGAAAAAUUAUGACGUCACCAGUAUAUUAUUAUGGAAAUUACUAUGUAUACCCUAGUAUUGUAACUAAUAAAAAUAAUAGGUAAAUGUAUUGUGGAUGUACAGUUUGGCAAAAAACAGUCUUAAGCGGUGACAGCUGCAACUAAAAAUCGAUGACAUUGUAAACAUUGCCUCAAUAGUAUCUACAUUCUGUGACAACCCUUAAAUUCUUAACCCCCAAAAGUCCGGCAACGCACUUGUAACGCCUUUGGUGUUUCGGAUGUCCAUUGGCGACGGCGAUUGCUUACCAUCAGGUGAUCCAUCUGCUCGUUUACCGAUUUAUUCCAUAAAAAAGUGUCCUAGUACAAGUUUACUUUACGUUUAACGAAAUCGAAACCAAAGCGCAUUUGGCGCUUUGAUUGGCCGGCUCGAAUGAACCAACCAAUCAGAACGCCAAACGUGCUGUCGUUUGAUCUUGUUGUGGUUAAAAUAAACUCGUAUUAUGCUCUCACUAUCUUAUAAAGGCAUUGUUCACAGGUUUUAUUAAAAUUAUCAACUUAUGUUGCUUAAUUAACCAUUUUAAAUUAAGCAACACAAGUUGGUAAUGCGAUACUAGCGACCUCAAUUAUUCCAUACUAUUUUUUGCCAAACUGUUUAACCCAUUAGAGAAAGUGGCAGCAACGAAAUUAUACGUUAUUUGGUAUCAAUUUAAAAUCAACUUUAAAUGCUUCUUGAUACAAUUGUAUUUGCUAUUGAUUACAAGAGUCAAGAAUGUUUCUUUUUUUCUCUUUCAUGAGUAAGUAGUCUCAUCCUGCUCUUCGCUGCCACUCCGUCUGUCAAUUUAAGAAGGUUGUUUUGUAGUUUAUAAAGCAGAUACUAUAGAUAGAAUGGAAUAAAUUAUUUAUUUAUUUAAUAGGUAUGUUAUUAAACAGUGAUUGAUUAAUGCAUUACGAUGUACUAAGAUGACAGUGUGCCCAGUAUACAUUUUAGAUGGUUUCAUUGCUUUUAAACGACAGUGGCGCCACCCCUAACAAAGUAUACUGGUCACACUAUACAGAAAAAUUGUGAAAUGACUUUUAAAAUACGGUUUGUAAAAUCGUUCUUAGUUAUUGCAUUUUUUGCUUACAAUUACGUUUAUUUUUUAAUAAUAAAUAUUACUAAAAAUA